CUUUGUGAUGUGCUUUGUGUGAAGCUUAUAUGCGUGAAUCGGAAACGUUGCAUACGAGAGUAGCAAACGCGGUGUGUGUCACAACUUCCUUUUCAGCUGCAAGCCCCAGAUCAAGAGGCUCAGAAGAACACGAGGAAGGAAACCUCUCGAGCCACUUUCUCAUCUUUGCUGGCCUGCUCAUUUUGACUGACAUGUCAAACCCAGUCAUCACUCAGCCUGGUGCUGGAUCUUACGGUACAAAUGUACAGACUGGAGAGUGGAGCACCGGUCUUUGUUCUUGCUGCAGUGACCUAUUUGUCUGUGCUCUUGGCUGUAUCUGUCCGAUAGCUCUCAGCUGCUACACAGCAAACAAGUACGGUGAAAAUGUAUGUCUAGCAUGUGUACCUGGAGGAAUGGCUGCAAUGAGGACACACAUGCGACUGACCUAUGGAAUACAGGGCACGAUAUGCAAUGAUGCUUUGAUGACCUGUUGCUGUGGAAUAUUUGAAACAUGUCGAAUGACCAGAGAAAUUCGUAUCAGGAAUGGAGAGACCUAGUUUCUGUCUUUAAUAAUAACUCUUUCGGUCUAAAGAUUUUAUUUUUUAAAUGAAUUGAAAUCAACCUGUCAUUUAUUAAUAGACUCUUCAUUAUUAAUAGCAGCAAAAUUAAAACCAGGAUAGAAUUUAUAAACAUAUAUUAUUUGGGGGAAAAAAAGAAAAAGAAAAGUGUGACCAAUGCUCUUUACCUAUUCAACAAAGAGUUUUACAUUAAUGAAGUUUAAAAGUCUUGAAUUUGUGCAAAUUCUUGUAAUAUUCAUUAGCCCUAAUACAUUGUAUGUGCUGACAAUUUUGCUGUAAUGCUCAAAAUGUGCCAUCCUGUAGCAUUAAUAUGUUACUGUACAGGAGCUGUGUGUCAUAUUUAAUAAACACCCAAAGUGCAGUGGAAUUAAUCAUACUAAUUAUGUGAAAUAAAACAAAAAAACAGCACAAUUUACCUA